AUGUCAAGCUCCCGAAGCUGCGGUGGAAGCCAUACCCUGACCUCCUCACAACGGCGUUAUACCAGGCUGCAAGGCAUCACCCCAUGUGCCCUACAGGAGGACGGAAAUAUAAUGAGUGGCCUGAAGCAGGGAGUGGUAGAUCUUCAAGGCUUGGAUGGGCAUAUCUACCGGGGAAGGAUGGAUAUCCGUUUACCAGCCAUUCACACCAUGGAUGGAAAUUCCAAAUCAUGUGCGAAAAUUUCUCAGGGAUCGGAAACAUCUCUGGCCUCAUGGGAUAUCGGUACUCUGCCACAUCUCCCUCAGAGUGCCAAGCAAACUGGACACAACUCAGAGACAGAGGAGCGCCCCUGUUCUGCCUCUCUCCGCCAUCUUCAUGCACAAGCCGAUAACCUUAGCUGUUGUUGGAAGAACCGAGGACUCAGAAUAGAUACAACUAUCAAGCAGCAGUGUGUGCAGAAGCUGGUGCCGUAAAAUUAACUGAUUAUGUAGAGCAGGCCUGGUCAACCUGUGGCUCUCCAGCUGUUGUGAAACUACAAGUCCCAUCAUGCCUUGCCACAGUUUUGCUA